AGUAACCCAGAGAUGUCCAUUUGAUUAAUCAUUCAGACGCAAGAGGAGAGGUUUAAAACUUUUAUUUCACUUUUAUAAUAAGUCAAAGUUGUUGUAGGCUUUAGCGCAGUAAGAGGCAUUGGUAAGGGUCAUCUAUCGCUCUCUAUCUCUCCCCCUGUCCCUCUCCCUCCGCCUCCAGAACCUCAUAGACCGGGCGAAAGAGCAGAACUUCGCCGCAAAGUGAGAACCAAACAUGGGCUCAAUGGGACGCAUCUGGCCGGCGGCGCUGCUGUUGAUGUUUGUGGGUUUGCAGCACUCCUCGUGUUUUUGGGUAAUUAACGUGAUGUUCCCUCCUCCUAUAAAGCCAACUAUUCCAAACAACAGCACUCCUCCACUCGUCAUUGUUCCUGGGAACUUAGGAAACCGCCUGGAAGCCAAGAUUGACAAACCUACAUUGGUCCAUUGGUUGUGCUUUAAAAAAACACCACACUGGUUCCCUCUGUGGAUUGAUCUCAACAUGUUCAUGCCAGUUGGUGUUGACUGCUGGAUUGAUAAUAUUAGGCUUGUUUACAACCGAACAACUCGGCGAUCAUCCAACUCUCCAGGUGUCCAGGUGCGGGUGCCAGGAUUUGGGGAGACCUACACCAUUGAGUUUCUUGAUAAUAACAAGCUGGCAGGUUACUUUCACACAAUGGUAGAACAUUUGGUCUCCGUGGGCUACUCUCGGAAUGGGACCAUCCGAGGUGCUCCAUACGACUGGAGGGUGGCUCCUAAUGAGAAUGAGGAGUACCUGGUGAAGCUUCGUGAGUUGGUGGAGGACAUGUACAAGCAGUACCAGAAGCCUGUUUAUCUACUGGGCCACAGUAUGGGCUGUCACUAUGUGCUCUAUUUCCUCAACCAACAACCCCAGGCCUGGAAGGACAGAUUCAUCAAAGGCUUCAUCUCCCUAGGGGCUCCAUGGGGGGGUGCUGUUAAGGCACUCAGAGUCAUGGCAUCAGGUAACAAUGAUGGGAUCCCAAUGCUUUCUAACGUAAAGAUCCGUGAAGAGCAGAGGAUGAUAACAACUAAUCCUUGGAUGCUGCCAUUUGAUGAGUUUUGGCCAAAAGAACAUGUAUUGGUCUCCACUCCAACAGCUAACUACACCACCCAGGACUAUGAGCGCUUCUUCACAGACAUCAACUUUGAGAAUGGCUGGCACAUGUGGUUAGACACCAAGAACCUGACAGGAGAUCUUCAUCCUCCUGGAGUUGAAGUCUGGUGUAUGUAUGGUGUUGGACUGCCUACUCCGGUCACAUACAUUUACGAUGAGGGCUUUCCCAACGCGGACCCUGUGGACUUUGUGUAUGCUGAUGGGGAUGACACAGUGGAUAGCUUUAGCACAAGUUUGUGCAAGCGCUGGAUCGGAAAGCAGAGCAAACCUGUUCAUGUCACAGAGUUCCAAGGUCUUAUGCACCUGGAUAUGGUGUACCAUGAGAAGGUGCUCAAUCUAAUCCAGUAUAUUCUUGAGGGCAAAUCUGAAACACCCAGUGAGAUUGACGUUAGGGUGUAAAAAGCUCAACACUGAACAGUUAUUUCAGUCCGUUUGUGACAUUGAUAACAAAUGUCUGGACACAAAAAUAAAACCCUGAUAGAAAUGACUGUUAUCUCACUUGAAUAUAACAAGGGGAUGCUUUGUCAUCUGAUCGACAGUUGUUGUUUGUUUUUUGUAAGCAGAUUUACUGUUACAUUUGGGACAAAUGUAUUUAAUUUAACCUGUAUCUUGUAAUACAACAUUGAUUUGCAUUUUCCAAUGUUUUAUAUCUCCACAAACCCCUUAUUGUGUAACCUAGAACCUUAUUUCAUCCUAUUAUUAAAGACUGUCUCUCUACAUGUCAACUAACCCCCAACCCCUUGCUUGACUCUGCCUUUAUCCCUCUCACAAACCACUUUAUAAUUGUGCAUUAGGUUAACUAUUUUACUUUAGAAUAUAUGAACAUUAAUAAAAAGUGUUAUUACCGUAAAUAUAGGUGUAAUCAUAGAUGUUAGCUGGCCCUACAGAAUACACAUAGACUGUGUCUAUGUGAAUAAGACUUUUUAAAAUAUAGGCAAAAUGAUUAAUGAUGUGACAGCAACAUUAAAUCAUCUCCAUGAUUGAAUUAU